AUGAUCAAUGGCGAACAUGUCCCUGGAGUAAUUUUGGAAGAAGAUGAUCAACAUUCAUCAAUCUCGAAAAAGUUCGAUCAGAAACGAAUCAAUCAAAGAACUGAAUUGACAAGACGUGCUGGAGAUGCUCGAACUACUCGAACGCCUCUUCGAACGGAUCAGUCUCAUCCAGAUGUAAUCGGAGGAUUUGUAAACACUUCAUUUUAUCCCGAUAAUGAUGAAGGAAACUCAUUUAAUGGUUCAGUACCAAUAUCAACUCAACCAUUGCAUCCGAUACGCUGGAAAAACAAUAACUCAAGAGACAGUCCGAAUGAUUCUCGACCAUCUACUAGUAUGUCGAUACAAACGAGAACAAUCAAUGCUUCGAAAGGUCCAAUCCAACUUCUGAAUGACGCGACUACAACGCAUAGUACUGAUGAUGGUCUUGGUAGAACUGAAUACAAUUCCCUAACUGUCAAUAAUGACGAGCAUCCACGUUCUGCGAAACAAGCUCGUCGUCAACAGCGUCGUGCUCGUAACAAACGAAAUGCUUCUCCAUCUCUGUCGCUUGAUGUUCUCGAUCGUAGCGAUGAUGUUGUAUCUCAGACUGAAAACGAACCGGUAUCUAACAAUUCUCUUCGUCGUACUUCAGAUUCAGAUCUUGAAACUGAAACAACAGCUAUCCGACCAUGGACAUCACAUUCACACCAGGAUAAUGAAACGCCAAUGCCUAAUUCGGAAGAUGCUAAUAAUAAUGAUGAUAAUAAUCAAAAUUCUCCGGCAUUAGCACUGGCUUUACGAUCUCUAUUUGAAAUGGUUAACGAAGAUUUAGAUAAAUUUGUUUAUACACCAGCACCAAACGGUAUCGGUGAUGUUCAAUGUCGUAUUACGCGAGAUAAACGAGGCAUGGAAAAGGGUCUUUUCCCAACGUAUUACAUGCACAUUGAACGACCCGGUGAUAGUAAAAAGUUCUUCGUUUUGGCGGGACGGAAGCGGCGGCGUAGUGCAACAUCAAACUAUUUAAUUUCAACUGACGCAACAGAUCUAUCACGUGAUGGCGAGAGAUUCAUUGGCAAAUUGAGAGCAAAUAUGUUGGGCACACAUUUCACUGUGUAUGAUCAAGGCUCUAAUCCGAAGAAGAAUAUUCCGGUUGAUCAACAAAGAAGAGAAUUAGCAGCGAUUGCUUACGAAACGAACAUUCUUGGUUUUAAAGGUCCACGAAAAAUGACAAUCAUCAUUCCCGGUAUGAGUAGUGAUCAUCAUCGAGUAGAAGUCCGACCGAAAAAUGAAUCGGAAAGCUUAAUCGAACGAUGGAAACAUAAUGACAUGACUAAUCUACUGGAAUUACAUAACAAAGCACCUGUUUGGAAUGAAGAAACUCAAUCAUAUGUACUUAAUUUUCACGGUCGUGUUACACAAGCGUCAGUGAAAAACUUUCAAGUUGUACAUGAUGACGAUCCUGAAUAUGUAUGCAUGCAAUUCGGACGAGUUAGCGAUGGUAAGUUAAUGACUAUUCUACUUGAAACAUCGAUACGCAACACAAAGUGCAUAGGAAAUGAGGACCAAGUAGAUCAUGUUUUCACUUGUGAUUACAAAUAUCCGCUAUGUGCUGUUCAAGCGUUUGGCAUUGCAUUAUCAUCGUUCGAUGGUAAACUAGCUUGUGAAUGA